AAAAAGUACCGGUUCGUGUCGUGAAACGCUCAGUUACAGAGUGAGCGACAAAGUGUUCAGAUAACUACCUACUUGGUCAAGAUGUCGGCAAAACCAGUUCUGUAUUAUACGCUACGUAGCCCUCCAUGCCGCGCCGUGCUGUUGACAGCCGCCGCUAUUGGACUGGAAUUAGAAUUGCGUCCGACGAACCUCAAACAGCGCGAUCAUCUAACACCUGAAUUCCUCAAACUCAAUCCUCAGCACACCAUACCGGUGCUGGAUGACAACGGCACUGUCGUAACAGAUUCGCAUGUGAUUAACGCUUAUCUGGUGGAUAAAUACUCAUCAGAUGAGACACUCUAUCCCAAAGAUCCGCAGAAGCGUAGGGAAGUAGAUGCGCGUCUCUACUUCGAUGCCGGUCAUUUAUUCCCACGCGUGCGUCUUAUGGUCGAACCGAUUAUCUACUUUGGUGCGGACAAAAUUCAGGAAGAGAAAAUCUCAUACAUGCAAUUGGCCUACGAUGGUUUGGAGAAGUGUCUUGCCAAUGCGUCGUAUUUGUGCGGUGAGCAUUUGACUAUCGCUGAUCUUUGUGCUGUCGCUUCGGUGUCCACCGCCGUGCAAUUUGCGCCCAUCGAUGAAGAGAAAUUCCCACAGUUGGCUGCUUGGUUGAAGCGCAUGUCGCUCUUGCCUUACUACGAGAAGAGCAAUAAAGAGGGCGCUGAUUUGUUGGGUAGCUUUGUUAAAGAGCAAAUGGUGGCGAACAAAAAAGCUAAAGAGGCAGAGAAGUAAAAGAGCGGCAGCUUUGAUCAACAUUGAUAUUAGAAUUUAAUAAUUAAAUGAAGCAAGAGAAAAAUUUAAUGUGAAACUAAGAAAAAUUUCGAAGAGAAUACAUUUAAUAAUUGUUAGCUUUUUUAAAGAGAAACUAAAUAAAUAAUUUAAUUGUUUGCAAAAGAGAA